AUGUGUCCAAUCUGGAGGCUCCUGGUCCUCCUCAGCUUGCUGUCCGUGCCCUCAGCACUGCACAAGGAGCCCUGGCGUGGCCUGGCCAAGGCCCACGUGGACAGCAAACCAGCUCUGGCGAGAAUUAUUGCCCAGGGCCUCAUGAAGCACAACGCAGAGGGCCGAAUCCAGAACCUCCGCCUCAUGGACAGUCUGAAUGCCUCAGGGCAGAUGGCCCCAGGGAUGGUGGGCUGGCUAAUAAGCGGCAUGAGCCUCCAGCAUCAGCAAGAAAGCAGCGCCAACAUCACCAACAUUCAGUUAGACUACGGUGGGAUCCGGACGUCUUUCCAUAAGGAGUGGUUCUCAGCAAACAUCUUACUUGAAUUUGACAUUGACUUGAGACUGCCUUUCAAUAACAAGAUUAUAAAGACACACGCAUGCAUGAACCUCGCUGUGGAGUUCUGGCUGGAGAAAGACGAGUUUGGCCGGAGGCAUCUGGUGAUAGGCAGUUGCUCUGUGGAGCCAAGCAGCAUCUACACGACAGUGCUAACCGAAGAUAUCUCACCAAAGAUGAAACAUUUUCUCCGUAACUUCAGGGGGAACCUGGCAAAAGUUAUCCCACACCUAGUGGAAAGUCAGGUGUGUCCUCUGAUCGGUGAAAUCCUCAGACAGCUGGACGUGAAACUGCUGAAGAGCCUCAUGGAACAGGCUUCUGCUCAUAAACUCAACCAACUAUGA